GACAUCGAACCGGGCGGUUCAUAGGCUCAGCGGAAAGCCUCAGACUUCGCCCCAUGGAGCUAUGUUCUCGAACUUCUUUGACAAAUACAUUGACCAGACCUCACUCCUGAGGUCGAACCCAUCUUCAGCUGAAGCCCAGGCCCAACAUCCGCCGCCCUCCUCGAACGCAUCGCACGCACCGCCCCGCAGCUCCAGCGGGCAAGCAGGUGCUGCAGAAUGGAAUAUGGAAGAGGAAGAAGAGGAAGAGGAAGAGGAAGAGGAGGAAGAAGAGGAAGAUGAUGAGGUGGACGAGGCUGCAGAAGGGGCUAGCUCCAAACACCAUGAAAAACCAAGCACUGUUCCAAGCCACCAUGAGAGUGGAAAGGCUUCUCAUCACCAGCAAGCUCACGAAAAGAAGGUAGUUAAAGGUGUUGAAGAGGAGGAUGAGGAAGAGGAGGAAGAAGAGGAAGAAGAGGAAGAAGAGGAGGAGGAAGAGGAAGAGGAAGAGGAAGAAGAUGUGGAUCCCCAUGAGCCCGCAUUGGCGCAUGCCGCGCACAUGGCAGCUCAGCCGGUCCAUGACCAGAUGGCUUCAGAGACUGAGCAAGCUCGGGCAGGUGCAGGACAUGUUGUCAUGCCUGCACCAAAGGAAGAGAAUACAAAGGAGCUGGAAGAGCUGCGGUCAUCACUUCAUGAGAAGAAGGCUGCUGUGACUUCAGUCCAGUCAAAGCUGGAGGCUGUGAAGCACGCUCGCUCGUCACACCACUGGACCACCCACACACAGUUUUCCAGACCUUCCGAUCCUCCCGCGACCACAAGUGCGAGCGCACCCGACAUGGGCGAGAGGGUGCAAGACUUGCGCGUCCAACACCGAGAAGCGAGGAAAGAGGUUCAGUCCAUCAAGAGCAACGGUGGUGACGGCGAGGGCAAGUUUCAUGACCAACUUGCAUAUUGGCAUUGGCAUAUUUCAAGCUUGAGGGAAUCCUUGGCAAAGUCUGAGGAGACGGUGACGCGCGAGAAGCAGGAGAUCCACCGAUUAACGGAGCUCAUGAUCCAGCAGCGUCACCAGGGUCGCGAGCUGUCGGAGGCGCUGAAGCGGCUGGAAGCCGAAGGGAACCGCUUGGAGCUCCAGGAGAAGGCGGCCAGCUGUGAAAACGCGGCCUUGGCCGAGAACUACUGGGAUUUCGCGCACUUCGCGGGCUCUUCAUCCUUCAAUGCCGAAGGGGUCCACCAGGAGCUCACCGAGCUCAAUCACUCAGUGGCCUUCGAAGAACAGGAAGUAGAAAGCCUUCGAGGAAGCCUUUUGCAAAUCCAAUUGGCAUCGAAAACAGCUGCCAAGUUGGCUGCAGAGGCACAGAGUGUGGUGCGGGAUGAGGACCAGGCCGCGCAGCUGAACCUGAGUCAAGUCAUUGCAUUGCAAGCACGAAAAGCAUGGGAAGUAGAGGCAGAGGAGGCCAUCUCUGACAUACCCCUGAAGUCGCCGCCGGUAUGGCACAAACACUUCCGAGGCAGAAACCUUCACCUUCACAAGCUCUCCUGAAGGAAGCCUUGCGAGAGGCAGUUCGGCACGGUUUGUUGUCAUCCGCUUGGGAGGAAGCAAGCUGUGAACCAGGAUCUCGGGCUGGUGGUGUAGACCGAGAGUCUCCUUGUUGUCGUUUCUUUCCAGCAGAGGGACAUGUUUUCUUUCAGAGGACUUUGGGAAGACGAAGAGACUCCGUAGCGUCGAGGUACUGCAGCACAACUGCGAGCUGAGAAAAGAGGUAUAUUCAAUAAAAAAACGACUUGAAAAA